AUUUAACUUAAAUCGACAAUAACAUAAGCAAUUAGAAAAAAAGUAACAAAAAAGUGUUGCGAAAGAAAUUUAAUUUCCAAAAUAGGCUAUGUUUUAGAAAUAAAUUUAUUUAAAUGAGAUAUUAGCUAAAAGCAAUACACAAAAUGGAUAUGGAAAAAAUGUUAUUGUGUCGUUUGUGUUUAGGCACCAGCGCUAAUACAAGCUUCGUCUCUACUGCUCAACUGCUCGAGGUUGAACUGCUGUUGGAGAAAUACAAUAUCUUAUUUGAAAAACGUGAUUUGAGCACUGCCGAUGGUGUCAAUAGUAUAUUGACACAACUGUGCGAUUUGUGUUGGUCGAAAAUUGAUGAAUUUAAUCAGUUUUGCGUUCAGGUUGAAAACAUUCAAACGACCUAUAACCGACAAUUUUUACAAGAUAGUGGAAGCUAUACCACCUUUGAACAGCCAAAUCAAUAUUUUACGGAGAUUGAAAAAAUCCACAAUGAGUUCGCAAGCAAAAUGUUUAACCAGCAAAUUGAGGAUAAAAAGUCGUUCUCUUUCAUUGAACCAUUUUGUAUGAUAAAUGUUGAUGAAAAUGAUGUAGCCAAAAUUGCAAGCGAUUCAAAUCAAAAAUCGAAUGAUUCCCAUGUAAAAGAGCCCGAAACACUGCACAUAAAAGAGGAGCAUGGAAACAUCGAGUACGUUAGUGAAGAAUUGAAUUCCACUGAUAUACUAAAUACUGAUGAAUUGAGUGAUUGUGACGAUGACAUUAGCUAUAUCUAUGAAGAAGACGAAGACGAAGAUGAUGACGACCGCGAUGAUGAUAAUAACUUCUCGAGUGAUACAUCUUAUGCCAGUGAAUCGAAAGAGAAAAAACGAAAAUCGAGUGGAAAGACCGCAACAAAAACUGCGAAAUUGUCAUCCAAAUCGAAGAAAACAUCGAGCGAUAAAAUAUCGAAACAUUCGAAAAAAACAAACAAAAAAAUAUCGGUGACCACAGUUAAUGUACUGGAUGAAGAUAAUAAACGGUUACUUAGCUACGUUCAAAUGAAAUGUGAUGUGUGCAGUGACGAUAGGGUUUAUGAUUCGUUUGCAGAUAUUCAAACACAUUUUCUGGAUAUACAUAAUCAAAAUGGAUACAUCAUAUGCUGCAAUCGAAAGUUUCGCCGUAUUGGAAGAGUCUUACAACAUUGCACCUGGCACGAUAAUCCUGAAGCUUUCAAGUGCGAUGAUUGCAACAAAUGUUUCCAAGAUAAUGUGUGUCUCCGUGAUCACAUAACAUCCAUGCACAUCCCGGCCGAUGAAAGGCGAUUUCAGUGUGAUCAAUGUAGUAGAUUAUUUGCCAAGCAACAUCUUCUUAACACUCACUUGAAAAUGAAGCAUACGGUGAAGGAAGAACGUCCCUUUGUGUGCUCAGAAGGCGAGUGUGGCCAGCGGUUUGUGCUACCCGCUUAUUUGAGGUUGCACAUUGAGAAGGUUCACAAUAAAGCUGACUCACGGGUUUGUGAUGUUUGUGCUCGCUUUUUUAAAUGUUCCAAAUCCUACGAACGUCACUACCAAGUUGAGCACACAAACAUCGAUCAACGAGUUCAAUGUGACCUAUGUCAAAAGUGGUUUAAACACUUGGACACGCUUAAAGACCACAUUCGCCGCCAUUAUGCACAAAGUGCCACUUGUAAAUAUUGCGGCAGAGUUUCGAGCAAUAAGAAAUCACUGCGAUUACACAUUCGAAAUCUCCACGCUGAUGUUGACAGUUCUGUGAAGACUAAAAAUGAAUUUCCAUGCACAAUUUGUGAGAAGAUAUUCAAAAAGAAACAAACCCUAAGGGAACACAUGACUUUGCAUACAGGGGAAGCGUAUUUGUAUACAUGCACAUUUUGUUCAAAAACUUUCAGAUCUAGUGCCAACAUGUAUGCGCAUCGUAAACGAAAUCAUCCAGUCGAAUACGAGGAAAAAUGUGUUUUGGCCAAAAUGCAAAAAACAUAAAACGAAAAUGAUACUCACUUAUUUGCUCCAUAUCCAUGGCUAACUUAUUAAAUAACACAUUGAAUACAAUGAAAAAUGAUCGAACCGAGUCAGCUUUUAUACUGUCUAAUAAACGGAUAGCAUGUCAAGAAUUUCAGUCACGUAAUUCGAUUUUUGUUUUAGCGAAUUUGGUGCUUGUGAACAUAUAUACUAACAAUUUGGCUUAUUUCUUUGUAAAUAUUUAAAUCGCUUAUUUGUCCAAAUUUUUAUAAAAAUUGAACCGAGUUUGAAG